AAAGGUGUGGGAUCAUAAAUAUAGAAUUGCGGAGUGGAUGACGUGGAGGCUUGCGGGACGACAGGCUGCUGGUAGUUAAUGGUCACUACACGAUGAGCAAACAUGGCGGUGGGUUUAUGGCGGCGAGGAGACUUCAGAGUGCAUGGCAGCAUUUCUCAACCUGGGUUCUGCAAAAGCUCCCUAAGGGUUCUGCAAGAAAGAGUGAGAUAAGGUCUAGAAACCAGCCUGGGCUGGGGUUGCUCUGUGGCUACUUCAGCCAAGGGACACCACCUCACUUGCUCACAUCCAGUCUUCCCUUGAGAAGGAAGCAGCCAUCCAAGAGGAUGCAGAAUGGGUGCCAUCAUGCAGCUGCUACUGAUGAUAUAGGACUGUUUCUCUUUGCUGUCAGGUGGUGAAUGCUGUGGUUUGCUGUGUGUAGCACAAAAGGUUGAUGACCAAGCUCCUUCAGCCAGGCAAUACCAGGUGGGAACCUCCACAUCGCAGUGAAUGGACACACUUCGGUCAACUUCCCAGUGGAAGUACCCGUUCCAUGAGGGUCCGUCCUGGUAAACUGGAGCUACAAAUUCAUGGAGCCAGUGUGCAUCUUCUUUCCCUUCAACCUUCCACCUCUUCUGAUCUUUGGUAGAUUAGUUUACUGGCAUGUAAAAGCUUCCACAUGAAGGGGACCAAUUAAAACCAUAUAUAUAUAUA